GGAGCCAAUCAAGCAGCCAUGGAUAUGAUCAAGAAGAGUCUGACCAAAGCCAAGGAUGGGGUCGUGUUGGCGGCGGAGAAAACCAAGCAGGGAGUGAGUGGAGCCGCCGAGAUGACGAAAGAUGGGGUUAUGUUUGUCGGUACUAAAACAAAGGAUGGAGUCUCAACAGUUGCAGGUAAAACUGUGACUGGAAUGACUCAGAUGAGCGGAGCCAUGGCUGUCGGGGUUGCCUCUGUGGCCCAGAAAACCGUGGAGGGUGCAGGCAACAUCGUCGCUGCCACUGGACUGGUCAAGAAGGAUCCAGCCAAAGCGACUGAAGACGUGUCAGCACCACAGACUAUGGCAGAGUCACCGAUUGAUACUGACCCCGCUGAUAUUACAGAGGAGGACUCCGAUGACUGAACGGCUCGAGAGCUUCGCAAUCAAAGAUCAAUGAACAUUCCAUGUCGCUCUGCCAAGUCCCGUCGUGCCUCGUUUUGGUCCUUUAUGGAGUCUGUGCCCAGCGUCUGUGUGUGUGUGUUCCUGUUUGUGCUGUUCUGUAUGUCUGUACAGUAUAGGCGUAAAUGUUGUAGAGACUGAGAGAUGUUGUGUGAGUGUGAGUGUGUGUGUGUGUGUGUGUGUGUGUAUGUGAGUGUGUGUGUGUGUGUGUCUGUUUGUGCCUUUUGCACAUCAGUCCUGAAAAGGACCUCAGGUGUGUUUCGUCUGUGACCAGCCGUCAUUUACAGUGAUUCCCUCCCACUGAGAAGACCACCUGGUCGCUGUGUGUGUGUGUGUGUGUGUGUGUGUGUGUCUAUGUGUUUUCUGUGUGGCUACGUCAAUAACUCAAACAUGGAAAUAUACCACAAUCCACAAACACCUAAGUGUCUAUAUAAAUGAACAAUUUACAGUGAUCUGUUUGAGAUGGAAGCAUACAAUGAUAUUCUCUAUUUUUGUCUGUAUACUGUCACUGUUUUUUGCGGUGGACUUACAAGUGCUGAGCUAUUUGUGCAUUCAUAUAAGUAUUUUUUAAGUUGUCACUGCUGUGACUGAUAUAUAUCAUAUUGAAUGGACUUUUGAAGAACCAAGAGCAUGUGAACUAAUGUUCAGCUUAACCGCUGUGUUAUGACGUUAUUGGGAUUUAAAUGUUGAAUAAAAUGUCAAGUGUGGGGUCACGAA